AUGAACGAAGAGUUGAAGCAGGUGCUCCUGAAAGAUGUCCGGUCCUUCCUCGACCCUAAAGCUCGUUCAUGGUACGCGAAUCGCGGGCUACCAUAUAGAAGGGGCUACUUGAUGUACGGACGCCCAGGAACCGGAAAAUCCAGCCUCAGCAUGUCCGUUGCGGGUUGCUUCGGACUGGAUAUCUACGUCGUCAGUCUUGCCGCGAUCAAUGACGGGCACCUCAAUACCCUGUUCAGGGAGCUUCCUCAACGCUGUGUCGUUCUGCUGGAGGACGUUGACGCAGUCGGCACAUCACUAUCUCGAGACACAGAUGCGGACAGUUUCGACUCAGGAUCGGAGGUGUCACGGCGGUCACCCAAAUCACAUGGGACUGUUUCGCUGUCCGGACUUCUAAACGUCCUUGACGGCGUGGCUUCUCAGGAUGGGCGUGUCCUCAUCAUGACUACAAAUCACAUAGAGCAUCUUGAUGACGCUCUCAUACGAUCAGGCCGCGUUGAUAAGAAGAUCGAACUUAAGCUUGCUGACCAUGAUGUGGCCCGAAAGCUCUUCUGUCAUGUAUUCGAACAGUCGGGAGAAGAGCUUCUUAGCUCAGAGAAGCGAGACGGCAACAACCAGGAAGUCCGGCAAUUGGCUCUCCAGUUUGCGGGUCUGAUACCUGAGCUCGAGUUCAGCCCUGCCGAUAUUCUAUCCUUCCUUCUAGCAAACAGGGACUCUCCUUCAGGGGUUUUGGCUAACGUGGAGAGAUGGGUGUCCCGUACUAGAGGGGAGAGAGCACUGAGAAGGGGUGGUGCUUGGGUCCAGAGCGAUUGA